AUGCUGAGGCAGUGGUCAGUGCAGUCCAGCCAGGCCCUCGUGGAGCCAGAACCUGAGCCAGGGGUCGAGGAGCUAUGGGAGCAGGAGAUGGAGCGGCUGCGGUCCUCCCAGGCACUGGUGCAGGAGUUGCCCUAUGCCAUGGUGGACAAGCGCCUCAUCCGGCAGCUGCGGGAGCCCGAGGGGGUGAAGACCUCUUGCUGGCAGCGAUGGCGGAGCAGGCGGCAGACUGCAGCACGGCGCCUAGGGGAGGCGGCGCAGCGGCUGGCCCGGGGCUUUGGGCUCUGGGAAGGGGCUCUCUACGAGAUCGGGGGCCUCUUUGGCACCGGAAUCCAGUCCUACUUCACCUUCCUUCGCUUCCUGCUGUUGCUCAACCUUCUGACCCUGCUUCUCACUGCCGGCUUCGUCCUGCUGCCCCUGGUCUGGCUCCGCCCCCCCGACACAGGCCCCUCCCUUAACUUCACCCUUCAGUGCCCUGGUAGCCUCCAGCCCCAGACUGGUGUUCCCAGAUUCCACAAUCGACUUUGGAAUGUUUUAACCGGCAGGGCCUUCACCAACACCUACCUCUUCUAUGGCGCCUACCGGGCAGGGCCCGAGAGCAGCUCGUCGUACAGCAUCCGCCUGGCCUACCUCCUGAGCCCCCUGGCCUGCCUGCUGCUCUGCUUCUCUGGGAUUCUGCGGCGGAUGGUGAAGGGGCUGCCACAGAGGCUGUUUCUGGGCCAAGACUACAAGUCGCCCAUGAGUGUCAAAGUGUUCUCCUCCUGGGACUUCUGUAUCCGGGGACAGGAAGCAGCCACCAUCAAGAAGCAUGAGAUCAGCAACGAGUUCAAGGUGGAGCUGGAGGAAAGGCGUCGGCUCCUCCUGCUGCAGCAGGAGACCCGGACCCAGAGGGCCUGCCGCCUGCUCACCUACCUGCGGGUCAAUGUCCUCAUCGGGCUCCUGGUGGUUGGAGCCAUCAGCGCCAUCUUCUGGGCCACCAAGUACUCGCAGGACAACAAAGAGGAGUCCCUGUUUGUGCUGCUCCAGUACCUGCCCCCUGGGGUCAUCGCCCUGGUCAACUUUCUGGGGCCCCUGCUCUUUGUUUUCCUCAUCCAGCUGGAGAACUACCCUCCCAACACGGAGGUCAACCUCGCCCUCAUCUGGUGCGUCGUGCUGAAGCUGGCCAGCCUGGGAAUGUUCUCCUUCUCUCUGGGCCAGACCGUGCUGUGCCUUGGCAGAAACAAGACCAGCUGUGUGUCCUACGGCUACAACGCCUGUGAUUACCAGUGCUGGGAGAACGCGGUCGGGGAAGAGCUGUACAAGCUGAGCAUCUUCAACUUCCUUCUCACGGUGGCCUUUGCCUUCUUUGUCAGCCUGCCUAGGAGGCUGCUGGUGGAGCGCUUCUCGGGCCCAUUCUGGGCCUGGCUGGACCGGGAAGAAUUCCUGGUGCCCAAGAAUGUCCUGGACAUCGUGGCGGGGCAGACCAUCACCUGGAUGGGCCUCUUCUACUGCCCCCUGCUGCCCCUGCUCAACAGCGUCUUCAUCUUCCUCACCUUCUACAUCAAGAAAUACACCCUCCUGAGGAACUCUAAGGCCUCUCCUCGGCGAUUCCGCGCCUCCAGCUCCACCUUCUUCUUCCAGCUGGUGCUCAUCCUGGGCCUGCUCCUGGCCGUCAUGCCCCUGGGCUAUGUGGUCAGCAGCAUCCACUCCUCCUGGGACUGUGGCCUCUUCACCAACUACUCGGCCCCCUGGCAGGUGGUCCCAGAGCUGGUGGCCCUCCGGCUCCCGCCCCCUGGCCAGCGCGUCCUCCACUACCUCGGCUCCCACGCCUUCAGCUUCCCCUUCCUCAUCCUGCUCAGCCUUGUCCUGACGGUUUGCGUCUCCCAGUCCCAAGCCAAUGCGAGGGCCAUCCAGGGGCUCCGGAAGCAGCUGGUGUGGCAAGUCCAGGAGAAGUGGCACCUGGUGGAGGACCUGUCGCGGCUGCUACCGGAGCCGGGCUCCGGCGGUUCUGUGGGGCCCGAGUCCCCUCACUCCAGAGCUUCGCGCCCGCGGUCCUUCUGCCCUGGAUUCCCGUGCCCGGGCUCCCCGGGCCCCAGGGCCCCCAGGCCGGAACCUUGCCUCGAGGAUCCCGCCAGGCCAGGCGGUGCCCCGGUCCCCGCCCCUAGAUUCCGCUUCCCCAGCGGCUCAGAGCUGUAGCACCCACCCCUGCCUCCUCCCGGAGCUUCCCCAGGACCCGAUCUACCCCCCACCCGCACCAGAGUGCCCCGGCCCCAAGCUCCUGCCCCCUGGUGACCGCCGCUCUCAGUGGGCCCUCCAGCAGGACGCCGGAGAGCCCAGGGCGGCAGGAAGAA